GGGAGAAUGGGCGUGACCACACGCAGCAGCAGGGAAGUGGUUGGUGAGGCUGGUGGAUCCUGCGGCUUCCGGUAAACACUGUUACGGAUUGCUGGAGAUCACAACUUCUGCUUCUAGAGUCCGACAUCAGCGAUGUUACCAUAACUGGCACUCCACAUGCAAAUGCCAUGUUUCUUAAAGAGGAAUAACCACAAAGGACUCAAUUUCUUGCUUGGUUCAGAAUGUGUACAUCAAUACAAAGCAUGGAAGAAGACGCUGCUUUUAUAUAAGUACCUGAAAAAGACUGUUACAUCUGGAUAACAACUCUGUUUAAAUAUGGCGGGUGCAAUUGCUUCAAGAAUGAGCUUCUCUUCUCUAAAGAGGAAACAGCCCAAAACAUUUAUUGUCCGUAUCAUUACGAUGGAUGCAGAGAUGGAGUUUAACUGUGAGGUAAAGUGGAAAGGAAAAGAUCUGUUUGAUUUGGUAUGUCGAACUUUGGGCCUUCGCGAAACUUGGUUUUUUGGUCUUCAGUAUACUAUUAAAGACACCAUAGCGUGGCUAAAAAUGGAUAAAAAGGUACUGGAUCACGAUGUUCCAAAAGAAGAACCUGUGACAUUCCACUUUUUAGCCAAAUUUUAUCCUGAAAAUGUAGAGGAGGAGCUUGUACAGGAGAUUACACAGCAUCUAUUCUUCCUUCAGGUUAAAAAGCAAAUAUUGGAUGAGAAAAUAUAUUGCCCUCCAGAAGCGUCUGUGCUGUUAGCUUCAUAUGCAGUUCAAGCAAAGUAUGGAGAUUACGAUGCUUCUGUACACAAGCGUGGGUUCCUAGCAGAAGAGGAGCUACUUCCAAAGAGGGUGAUUAACCUGUAUCAGAUGACUCCAGAAAUGUGGGAAGAGAGAAUAACUGCCUGGUAUGCAGAACAUCGUGGGCGCACCAGAGAUGAAGCUGAGAUGGAAUAUCUGAAAAUAGCACAAGACCUCGAGAUGUAUGGAGUAAAUUACUUCCUCAUAAGGAACAAAAAAGGCACGGAGUUACUGCUUGGGGUAGAUGCCCUUGGACUGCAUAUUUAUGAUCCAGAAAACAGACUUACCCCUAAAACCUCCUUUCCGUGGAAUGAAAUCCGUAAUAUCUCUUACAGUGACAAAGAGUUCACCAUUAAGCCACUUGAUAAGAAAAUUGAUGUCUUCAAGUUCAACUCCUCCAAACUGCGGGUCAACAAGCUGAUUCUACAACUGUGCAUUGGGAACCAUGACUUGUUCAUGCGGAGAAGAAAAGCAGACUCCCUUGAGGUGCAGCAAAUGAAAGCUCAGGCCAGGGAAGAGAAAGCAAGAAAACAGAUGGAGCGUCAGAGGCUGGCACGGGAAAAGCAACUGAGAGAAGAGGCCGAGAGGACACGUGAUGAGCUUGAAAGGAGACUCUUGCAGCUGAAGGAAGAUGCACAAAUGGCCAAUGAUGCUCUGAUGAGGUCUGAAGAAACAGCAGACUUGCUAGCAGAAAAAGCUCAGAUCACAGAGGAAGAAGCUAAACUGCUUGCCCAGAAAGCAGCUGAGGCUGAGCACGAGAUACAGAGAAUAAAAGCUACAGCCAUUCGCGGUGAAGAGGAAAAGAGACUCAUGGAAAAGAAAGUGCUUGAGACCGAGGUGUUGGCACUCAAGAUGGCAGAAGAGUCUGAAAGAAGAGCAAAGGAAGCAGAUCAGUUGAAGCAAGAUUUACAAGAAGCCCGGGAAUCUGAGCGCAGAGCCAAACAAAAGCUAUUGGAAAUCACCAGCAAAGCAGCGUAUGCGCAAGCAGCAGGUACCAGCAGUAGCUCUGUGCCCCCUGUUGAUGUGCCAAGCUUCAGCCUGCUCAGUGACAGUCUGCCCUAUGAUUUCAAGGACACCGAUAUGAAACGCCUGUCCAUGGAAAUAGAGAAAGAAAAGGUAGAGUACAUGGAAAAGAGCCGCCACCUGCAAGAACAGCUGAAUGAGCUGAAAACAGAAAUAGAAUCUCUUAAGUUAAAGGAACGCGAGAGCGCGAUGGAUAUAAUGCACGAGAAUGCAGGAAGCAAGCAAAAUACAAUCAAAAAGGAGAGCUGUCUGCAUCUGAGCGUGACCCAUAGUGUGUGCCAGCUCACAUUGCAGAGCACACAGUGCAGAGUGGCCUUCUUUGAAGAACUGUAAUCCAUUACCUGUCACUUGUAGGCAUCCCAAACUCUCCACGGACAUCAAGCGAGGGUCGCAAACACAAUGCAGACACAUCAUGCAACUGUGACAAGGGACAGCUAUAAAUAUGGUUGAACUCUUUUUUUAAUUAUUUUUAUCGUCUUUAUUCAAGCCUGUGCUGUGUUCCUUUGCCAUAAAUAAACCAUUAUCGCUCAGAGGAACAAUGUGAUCUGAUAAAUACAAUGUUUUGCUUGUAAUAUCUGGUUUGUGUGAUGGGAAAAGUACAGAUGAAAAAAAACAUUUUCAUGGCACCUUCA